AUAAAAUUGAAGAAAAACGAGCCGGAAACUGUUCCACAAGCAAGAGUUGACAUGACACGAGUACUAGAAGUUGCUGCAGCCGAGGAUAUCACUGGACAUCCUUACAGCCUUGCGGUGACCUCUCCAGAAGGCGUCACAUUUGUCAAGGGUACCUGCCGCGAGGAAACGCGUUGGUGGACCGAAGUUCUUCAAGUUUACUCGAGAAACAAGGGUCGUCAUAAAAGGAAUGCAACUUUUCCCGGUGGGCAAAGUACUAUUCUUCAAGUUACGCCAACCAUUCGAAGUAAUACACCCAAUCCUCCACGUCCGAGGUUUAACAGCACCUCUUGGAUUCAGGAAUCAAGUGGCGCAGAUUUGAUCACUUCCAGCUUUUCUUCAAUUUCUGGAUCACCCUCCGUUAACAGCACUCAUGGUUUGAUAAAAAAUUCUACAAAUUCUUUACUAUCGAGUACUCUCAAUGGUGGUACUGAUUCUUCAUGUGAUGGGUCUCUCUUAAGAGCAAAUGUCUCGCCGUUGAGAAAUUCCAAUUUUGAGAAUGGCAAUAUUCAUUCUUACGUCUCGUCUACCACUAAUUCAAUUAAUGGAAAUUCUUCCGGCAUUGCAAACGCAACGGCUUCCGUGAACACAUUGACAGCUAUUGUUUUGACAACUUCACCGACUGCAUCUUCUUUGCUAAGUGGACCCGAGAAGCCGCCAAUUGGUCCAUCAGAAAGUAGAAAUUAUAAGGACCAACCAGCUAGCAGUGCCUCCCCACCAACAAGGGAUAAACUUCGGGCGGAGGAUAAGGCGAGACGUAGAAUGCAUCAGCAGAACGAACGUUGCUCUUCCACUUCGAUUAACUUUAAAGAAAAAUUAGAUGACGAUGCUUGUCGGAGAAUAUUUUUGGAACAGGAAAGAGAACGAGAGGGAAAAUUAAGAGAUAUUGCUGCAUCUUUGACACAACCGAGGGUGAGGAGAAGCAAACCUAGAACCUCAGAACCAACUAGAGAUGUUGUUGAUGCAGUAAAUAAUACUCAUCAAGACAAAUUAAUUCGAGGAGAUCCUGAUGGCUGUGGUCUUGAUAUAUCCGGUACAAGGUACUCGCCUACCUCUGAAUUGCGAGUUGAUCUUCCAGCUGAAGAUUUAUUAAAUAUUAAAAAAGGCUGGUUAUUAAAGCAAGGGCUUAACAAGGAAUGGAACAAGCACUGGUUCGUUCUGAGAGGAUGUGGAUUGAUGUAUUAUCGAGAUCCUAGCGCAGAAGAUAAAGGAAUUAUGGAUGGUGUCAUAGAUCUCAAUACUGUAACUGCCGUCACUUUGGUGCAGGGUGUUCGGAAUUAUGGCUUUCAAACAGUUACGUGGGAUGAUCGUGGCACUACUAUUUUGUCUGCAAUAACCGGAGGUAUCCGAUCAGGUUGGAUGUCGGCUAUUAGACGUGCAGCUAAUCUACCAGAUCCAGAAUCAAACGUCGACUCGCACGUCUGUCAGGACAACCAACAAGAUGUUAAUCCUCAAUCGCCAACUGCCUCGAUCACUGAACGGGAAAGGGACUCGAUCAUUCCCUCGACCCCGUUGACCCCUCGAUCAGUUUUAUUCUCCUCGGACGAGGAAUAUCGCACAGCGUCCGAGGGUGGACGCCGAGAGUCCGGCGAUUGGUCGGAAAUGCCGGUGUCACCACCGCUCACGAGGAACGGGGAAUGGUCCCUCGCUUUGAAAGGGUCCAACUGGUCGGAUUCGACGAAACACGAAUGGUCCGAGUUACCACCUUCCCCGCCGUUGACGAGGACUGCGUUGUCUCGCGUUAAAGCAAGAUCGCGCUCGAGUUCGCGAUCGAGGGUCUACAAACGGAGCAGAAGUUCACCGCCAAGUUCGCGAAGAAGCACUCUUGACAGUGUGCGUUCAGAAGAUUUGAUGAUGGCUUGCUGUGAAUUGGGCGAGGACGAGGAACAAGCCAGCGGUCACAUUCAGAGCAACAACAAUGACAAUCCGCUGAUUGUUGAACUGCUUGAGAAUCAAGUAACGAUGCUGAGGGAUCAGCUCGACAAAAAUCAAUCGCAUCCAAAUACAUUGCUAGUCAUUAUUGAGCGUCAGGAGAGCGAGAUCGAGGAUUUGAAGUCACAACUGAAUACGGCACAAACGGAAAUCGUCAACUCCGAGAAAGAACUGUCGAGGCUCAGACAGCAAAAGGUCGAAGCCAAUAUGAGGGAAACACAAAUUGAGGAAUUGUUGGAUACAAUUCACAGAACGGAACAAAUGAGGGAUAAGGAUUUGGAGGAUUUAGAGAAAAUGAAAAAACUAUAUAGUCGAGAUAAAGAGGUACUCGAAUGCAAAUUAUUGGAGACCGAGGUUAUUUUACGAGAAACCACAGAGAGAUGUGAAUUGAUUACAAAUGAACUUUCAUCCAGUCAUAGAACUGUUGAGCGUCUUCAGGCGGAGAUAACGGCUUUAAGCGACAGGUUAUCGCAAGGGAUUGAAGAAAAUGAAAGACUGUACACGAAAGUUCGAGAACUGGAAGGAAAGAGCAGUCUCUCGGCAGCAAGAGAACGAGGAAAAAGUUUUGAUUCGCUAAGUGAUUUGACAAACAUCGAUCUCGAUUUAGAUUUGAAUGCGUUCGACAAGGAGCGAGUAAUGGAGGAAUACGACGAAUUGCGUGGCCGCUUUGAAAAAGCCAUAUUGGAAGUUCGUGCAAUGCGUAAAGAACUUCGAGAGGCACACGCUGCACAGGAUGCCCUUGAGCUUCAGGUUUUUGCGUUCAAACAAGAGUCGGGGCGAGCCAACGAUGCAAAUCAAGCGCAAAUGCAAUUAAUGGCCGCAAGGAUACAAGAUUUGACGAACAAACUCGCCGGGAGCGAGAAACAGAUGAGAACAAUGAAGCAGAAGAUGACCAAAGCCGAAACGAGGGACAAGAGACGAUCCCUCUCACUGAAGGGACGGGAGUCUUUUCAAAUUUCCCAAGAAGUCGAGGACAAACUCCUCGACCUUGAAAACAAGAUUUGCGCGAUCGAGCGCGGCAAAAGUAUUGCUUUAAAUUCGAAAGAACCAAGUCCUAACCCAAAGAAGGAACGAAGGCGGGAGCAUCGAAGCUUGGACCGCGCGAGGUUGCGGAGAAAAUCGUUGGACAGCGCAACCAACUCUGAGCCGAUGAAGGUGCUCAUUCGAUUAAGCACACUAGAAACGAAAGUGACCAAUGUUGCCGAGAAUUUGGCGAGCGACGCUGAGAAGGAUUCGAGCGAAUGUAGCGAAAUUAGUGCCUCAUCUACUAGUGAAGUGUCGCUCGAGGUUAUAUCGAGACUGAAGAAACUGGAGCGGGCAGUUGCAAAGUCAAAGCGACGACUGGAGAAGUGUCUGGGUUCCACGCAAGCCGAGGAGAAGGCUGAAAAGUGCCUUCGUGCCGUGAACGACAUUCUCGACACGUGUGUCGAAUGCAAGAAAAAUCAAGCCAACUCUCAGGUCACAGAGUCAGUAGGUGUUGUAGUAUCUAGGCUAGAAAUUAUUCUUAGAGAUAAGAUGUGCGAGCUAAUGAAGCGGCGGCAAGUGCUUGCGCAGGAUGGGCAGCUCAACGACAAAGAGAAGGCGAAACUGAUCGCCGAGAGAGUAGCAUUCGAGUGCGUGAUUCUCCGGCAGAUCAAGUGUGCAAUGUCGAGAUCGACGAACAAGAGCAUCGUCUUGAGCGAGUUGGUCGAAACUAGUCAGCUUAUUUCUAACUUAAAAUCUAAGAUUUAUGGAACUAAGCCCAAAACCUACCAAAACACAAGUUUUAUCGAUUAUCUCACAAGAAUUUUAGCCAAUAAGUUAUUGCUAGUUAGUGGCACGACGAAAUCAACAACAGAGGUGCGGGAAGUCUCGGCUGCUCAAGCUGAGAGUCUCAAUUUUCUGCUUCAGAAACAAAAGGAAAUCAAUGAGAUCAUGCGACGGUUCAAGGACGCCAAGUUGAAGCAUCUCGCCGAAGCUUUGGCAACAGAAACGUUGAGUUUGUCCGAGCAGGAGGAACUCAAUUGUCAAAUUAAUCAGGACGAGAGAAGAGAAAGCAAGUUAGUUGAAGACAGAAGAAUCCGCGAGGCCUGGGCACUGGCCCAGGAAACGGUCAGCAAGGAACUCGUGCAGGCGGAGAUUUCGCAUUUCAUCAUGCGCUGCGGACAACUAUACGAACAAAAUAUCACGUCGUUCACCGACACCUGCUUCAUUUUCGACACAGCAGACAACGUUGUCUUAGAAUCAUGGGCUGACAAAGCGCAAGUCAAGUUGCGCGAGGAGAUGGAAUACUCCAUCGAAGAACUGACCGGCAUCUACGAGGAGUGUCUCAGGCGAAUGAAAAUGAGUAAAUCGAAAUUGGACACCAAGAACGAGUCGAGAGAGUUGCUGACGGACUACGCCGAUGUGGUGGCGCAAAAGGCGCUGAUCGACGCUCGAAUCUUCUUGCUUCAGGAGAACUCGAGGCAAAAGUUGACGUUCACGGGAAAGACCUUUGUUUCGAGUCUCAUUCAACAGGAGGAUAUUCUCUCGAGCAUUCUCGAGGCGGACUGCAUGUUGGAGAGCAAUCCGAUUCUUGAUUCCGAAUACAUCUACCUCUAUCAGCAGUUCGCAAAGGAGUGCGAGGAGAAAAUCUCCGUCAACAAUCGCAGCAAGGAUCAGCUGAAGAAUGUCUCACACUUGUUGAUCGGCAUGGAGGAAGAUAUUGCGAGUCUGAAGAUGUGCUUCCGGGAAAUCGAUUGGCCGAAAUCUAAUAUUGUGAUCUCUGACUGGAACAGCGUUUGCCACAAGUGCUCGGAAUUAAAGGAACAAAUCAAGCGAAUCGGCGAUUACAUGAAAAGUGCCUCGUGUAAACAGUGUGAAAUGCUCCAGAGUAGAAUUCACAGAAUGAGUGCAGAUCACUCCCACGAAUUGAAAGAAUUGCAAAGAAACCAGGAGCAAGAUUUGAUGGACAUCAAGGGAGAAUGGGACAUUCAGAGACAUUCGAUGACUUCGCAGUAUGAACUGGAAGCAGCGAGUCUCAGGGAGAGGGCCAGACUACUAGAGAAUCGUCUCAACGAAAUGGAUUCGGAACAUUCGGCUCAUGUUAAUGAACUAAGGUCUGCUUAUCAACGAUCAGUGACCACGGACUUGGAUGCUGAUGCUGAAACGAGAAAGAGGUACAAAGAAGAGAUUAAGCAACUUCGGGCGCUUUGCGAAAAAGGAUUGUUGGCAAUGGAAAAUUCACAUCGGCGAAUCUUGUCUGAGAUGGAAGAGAAGCAUAAGCAAGAAUUGGAGAGCUUGAGAGUCGAAAAGGAGCAGGCGCUUUCGGAAGAAACACAGGCUACUCUGGCUGCUCUUGACGCUAUGAGGAAAGCUCACGAACAUGAGGUGCAAAAGGAAAUUGCCAAGUUUAAGCAGGAAUUUAUUAAACAGGUUCAAGCAAGGGAGGACAUUGGAAUCCUUCACAAGGAACAUGAGGUAGAGAUGGAAGAAAUUAAGCAAGAAAUUUUGUCCCUCUCAUCGAAGUAUUCAUCAAAAUGUGUCGAGUCCGCAGCGCUUGAAGAAAAAGUAGGUUGUCUAACGAAGCAAGUAAAUCAGGCACAGCAACACAUCAAACAAUUAGACGCGCGGAACAAACAACUUCGGGCCCAUUUGGUUCUUGAAACAAACGACACGAGCUUCAAUGAAACAUUGCAACUUUUGCGAGGAAGAGAAAAGGAAAUAACCGAGCAAAGAGAGGAAAUUCAUCGUUUGCAGCAACAGCUUAAGCAUGGGGACUCUCAUGAAUCGUCACGGGUGACAUCAAAAUCCCCACCAUUAAGCUACUUGACAGCAUACUCACCACAGAAAGUCAAAUCUAGUCAAGAGUCGCUUCGUGCAAAUAAUGAAGAGCGGAAGUUAGGCAACAAACGCCAGAGUAACUCCUUACUGUCGCUAAAAAAGUCACUCUCGCCUGACAAGUCGUUUUCGUACAAACUCGAGAGAAUAAAAUCCAUUUCUUUGCCUUACACGAACUGCAAUUUCGUGAGGUCGGAUGGUAGUAGCUCUGGCGUUUUGUCGCAAGAUAGAAAUGAAAGGGUGGUCCAAAAGAGUCAAGAACGAAAUGGUCUCGCUAAUCCUCUGUGGGACAGACUGCGGUCAAGGAGUGGUCUUUUACAUCAGUAUCAAGGUGGCACAACAGCGAAGCGAGUCAACAACUCUAGUAGCCAGUGGCAGGAGAACAAGCAAACUAAAAAGCAGCAACAAUCGGAGACAUACACCCUCCAUUCCGACAUUGGUAACGCAUCCCGCCUCAACAAGGAACCCUCAGCUCUCGUCAUUGCAGAGUUGAUGAGGUCUCCUUCGCUGAGGUGGCCUGGCAGGAGUUGUCGUAGCCUGCCCACAACACCUAUCCCGAGCCACCAUCAUCCCCUCUACCCUCCACUCCCUGCAGUGGGUAUGGUUGCUGAGAGGAAAAAACGUUUUGAGCUCUAACAAUUUGCUGAGAUCAAUAAUCAAGUUAAAAAUGAAAAAGAAUUUCAACAAACACUGCCUUUCUAUUUCGAAAUAAUUUCAAGCUUAUUUCGAUUAAUGUAAUUGAUUUUGUUCCAGGAGAAUUUUCAAAAUAACAAAUAAAUGACAGUAAAAAAGAAAUCGACAGUGGUGCUGAUCAGGUUGUCAAAAAAUUGAUGUUAUUCAAUUCUUUACUAUAUUUCAAAUUAGUUUUUCACAUUAAUAUUGAAGUCUGUCAUAAUUGUUUUUGUUUAUCAUUUCAUCUCGAAAUCUAAACUAUCGAAAUAGUUGAAACUAAAUGGUUUAACUUAAUGGUUCAAAUAUAACUUGUUUAUUUCAUUGAAUUUUGUCAAUAAAAAACAAGUGAACAUUUUUUAGAAUUUCACUACUUUUUGUGAAUUAUUCUUUCAAUUGUAAAUUUCAACUAUUUCGCUUGUGGGAUUUCAGGCAGAUUUUAGAUUUGAGAUUUAUAAAAAAAAUUCUUUCCCUUUGGUGCAAAUUCUUUAAGAUAAACUGUUAUUGUUAAGUUUGAAUCCUUAUCAAAUGAUCUUGAAGAAUAAUUACUUAUCACAGACAUUUGAUCAGAGUCUCGUAUUGUUUUAAAGUCUUCCCCUAUUGAAUAUGUUUAUAUUGUAAACAUAAUCUAAUGAAAACUAUUAGCUUAUUUUGUACCGUAUGUAAUAUAAGAUUCAGAGUGUGAGUGAGAUAGUGCAAGUUUUGUUAUUGUAAAUUUUGUUACGUACAACUUUUUGGGCAACUAAAGGAAAUUCACACAAAACCCAAGCAAAAUACCAAACAGUGUGCAAUCUUUACUACUUAAUUUUUCGGAUCAUGUAUUUUUUGGGCAUUAUUUAUUGCAUAUAUCAUAAUAUGCUUCUUCUUUGCUGAUCUGAUGAAAUUUUUUUAACUUUACAUUGUUUCAAUGUUUAAUUGUCAAGUAAAGAAGAGGCAGGAAAUGAGUCAUGUACACAAGUUUAUUUCUAUCUGUAAAGUCUUCUUUCUCUGUUUUAUUAUUAUUUUUUUAAUUAUAUUUAUGGCACUCAAAAACUCUUUAUUAUACAAAUGUGAAAUAUGAAUUUUUAUUAUUAGUUUUUAUUAUUAGCGUUUUUGAGGAUUUACAUUUUUGGAAAGUGAGAUAAAAAUUUGAAAGUCUCAUUUUUGUUAAAGAAAAAAAAGAAUUUAUUAUAUUCUUGUUUUUGAAUGUCACUCUUGUUGUGUAUAGAUUGUGUAAAUUUACUGUGUAUCAUUUGUAAUCAUUGUAAUAUUACAAUUUUUUUUCUUUUAUAUAAGAAUGAAUAAUUAUUCAAAUGUUAAUAAUGUAUAGUUUAUUAUAUUUUAUUAGUUUAAGAUUAAAUAGCCCAAAUUAACCCCCAUCCAUAUUGAAUAGAUUGUUUAUACAUAAGUAAAUAAAUAUAUAUUAUAUUAUUGAUAUGUAAUUGCGACUCGUUCCUAGUGGCGACUUCAAGAUUCAUUACUUAUUUUGUAGAAUAAUUGCUCAGGAUUGUUUAACGUUUAUAAUAUAUUACAAUCAUAAUAUUAAAUUUGUAUUAUAAUUUAUAACACGUUUGAAAUAAAAUUCAGUAACCUUUUA